AUGUCUCGUCUUACAGCUAUUUCUCUCGCUCUCUGCGCCCUCGUUGUCUCCGUCUCUGCGUCCCCUGUCACCGCUAGUACAGCUGUGCUUGACAAGCGUACCACCCAUACUGGACGUGGAACUUGGUUCGACGUUGGCCUAGGUGCUUGUGGAUACGAGAAUGUGAAUUCUGACCCCAUUGUCGCCAUCUCUCAUGACAUCUACGGCGGCGGCGGUAACUGCAACCAGUGGAUCCACAUCACAAACACGGCUAAUGGCGUCUCCGCCUAUGGCCAGACUCGUGACGAGUGCAUGGGAUGUGAUGCCACUGCCAUCGAUAUGAGCCCUUCGCUGUUCGAGUCACUCGGAGCUGAUCUCUCCGUCGGUGUCCUGACCGUCGAGUGGAACUUCAUGAACAAGGGCUUCGACCCAUAG